GCGAGCGGACUCUUGAGCCGAGUCAGCUGUGACUGAAGAAGCCUCGAGCGGAACCGACGGGGUCGCCACCAUCUUUGAGGAAGGGGGCUGCGACUCCGCGUGGGGCGGGGGUCUCGGCACAGACAUUUGAAACUAAUUAUACCAGUGGUGUUACGAACACGUUGACGCCAUGGCAACAACAUUUCCAAAAAAUGUCCAAGCACGUAGAUAAAAAUGUUUUCCGUGGGAUCUGUCUGACAUUGAUAAAAGUCCAAAAGGAGACAGCCUUCAUCUUAGCAUGAUGUCAUGAAGCUUGCCAGGUUUGAGCCGUUAUUUUAACUUUAGAAGGUUAUUGAGCAGGUUGCAAAUGGUGUGGAUUUUUAUCAUGAAUCGGAUGAACCCGCAAAGCAGUUCUCCAAGUCAGCGUAGACGAAUGGCCCUCGGAAUUGUCAUUCUUCUCCUGGUUGAUGUGAUAUGGGUUGCUUCCUCUGAACUCACUUCAUAUGUUUUUACUAUGUAUAAAAAACCAUUCUUUAGUACAUUUGCAAAAACGUCCAUGUUUGUUCUUUACCUUUUGGGAUUUAUUGUUUGGAAACCAUGGAGACAACAGUGCACGCGUGGGUUUCGUGGCAGGCAUGCAGCUUUUUUUGCAGAUGCUGAAGGUUAUUUUGCCGCUUGUACAACUGACAAUAGUGUAAAUAGUUCUUUGAGUGAACCUUUAUACGUUCCUGUAAAGUUCCAUGACUUGCCAAGUGAAAAAUGUAGCAGCACUAGUAGUGAUAGUGAAAAAACUCCCAAAAAGCCUCGUGUCAGGUUCAGUAAUAUUAUGGAGAUUCGACAACUCCCAUCAAGCCAUGCACUGGAAGCAAAGCUGUCUCGUAUGUCUUAUCCAACAGUUAAGGAGCAGGAUUCAAUAUUAAAAGCUGUAGGGAAGCUUACAGCAUCUCAAGUAGCCAAAAUCAGCUUUUUCUUUUGCUUUGUGUGGUUCUUGGCAAACUUCUCUUAUCAAGAAGCGCUUUCAGACACCCAAGUGGCCAUAGUUAAUAUUCUAUCUUCAACCUCUGGAUUAUUUACCUUAAUCUUAGCUGCAGUGUUUCCAAGUAACAGUGGAGAUAGGUUUACCCUUUCAAAAUUGUUAGCUGUCAUUUUAAGCAUCGGAGGUGUUGUCCUUGUGAAUCUGUCUGGGUCUGAAAAAUCUGCUGGAAGAGAUACAAUAGGGUCCUUCUGGUCUCUUGUGGGAGCUAUGCUCUAUGCAAUCUACAUAGUUAUGAUAAAACGAAAAGUAGACAGAGAAGACAAGCUUGAUAUACCAAUGUUUUUUGGUUUUGUUGGUUUGUUUAAUUUGCUGCUGCUUUGGCCAGGGUUCUUCCUACUCCAUUAUACUGGAUUUGAGGCAUUUGAAUUUCCAAGUAAAUUAGUCCUUAUGUGCAUUGUCAUCAAUGGCCUUGUUGGAACUGUUCUGUCUGAAUUCCUCUGGCUGUGGGGCUGCUUUCUUACCUCAUCACUGAUAGGCACACUUGCCUUGAGCCUUACAAUACCUCUGUCCAUAAUAGCUGACAUGUGCAUGCAAAAGGUCCAGUUUUCUUGGUUAUUUUUUGCAGGGGCAAUCCCUGUAUUUUUUUCAUUUUUCAUUGCAACUCUCUUAUGUCACUACAAUAACUGGGAUCCAGUGAUGGUGGGAAUUAGAAGAGUUUUUGUAUUCAUCUGCAGAAAACAUCGUAUUCAGAGAAUAUCCGAAGAAAGUGAACAAUGUGAAAGUCUCAUUGCAAUGCACAGUGUUUCUCAAGAAGAUGGAGAAAGUGGUUGUUCUUAGACAACAGUGUAAGAUGGAAUGAUAAUUCAGCGAAGAGACAAUCUCCUGGAAAGUCCUCAUGGAAACAUGUUUCAGUGCCUCUUCUGAAUCUUUAAAUGUUUCAGUUCUUUUGAAACUUAAAAAUACACUAUUGCGCUCUCAAUUCCAAAAAAAAACUAUUAAAAAACUACUUUACUACAGGAAAUUCCAGUCCUUUUGAGAAACCAGCCUGCCUUAUAGAACUCAGCUGGUGAAAUUACUUGACCCAAUCAAGGAAGUGAAUUCUGUUCUAGUGACUUUUUUUUUUUAGCUUUCAUAUUUUUGUUAAGUGCUGGAUAAUAUUUUUACAAAUACUUUUCAAAUUCUGUAAAAGGUCUGUGGAUCAUAAUUUUGUAUACACUUUCAAAUGAAGAACUAAAAUGCACCAGUUACCUGUAAUAGGUACGAAUUACUAUUGUAUGAUGUAUAAACUCUACUUGAAUAAUAACAAAAGAAAGAAAAAUCACUUUAAUUUAUUUAAUAACUUCUUUAUUGAAGAAGCUUUUAUGGCUCUCAGACACUACAUAUACCUUCUUAUCUAUAUGAGCGACCUUGCAAUAGUUUGGGUGCCUUAUGUUUUAAAUAUCUAUUAUGUCCUGAUCAAGUUUUUAAAGAAUUUAAUACAAAAGGUAAAAAACCCCAUCAAAAUCUACUAUGGCAGCUAAAUAU